GUUGCUUGCUUGACUCAUUCUCACCUACCUACCAAUCAGCCACGUACCAUCCCACACAACCUGUCGUCAAGGCGACCCGUCCCAACUCGCUGCCUAUUCGCGGCGACAUAACUCAAUCCAAUCACCCCAUUCGCCUUAUCUGGCUUCCCCAGGAAGAGUAUAAUCAUGUCUGAGAAACGUCAUGUCAAGUUCUCACCCUCUCCCCCGGCUGGGAGAGGUAUCCUAAAGCACCCCGAAUCCAGUCCUCGCGACUCAGGAGUUGGCUCAUCCUCUAGUGAUCACACCGGCUCAAGUGGUAGUCUUGAUGAGAGAUUCACACCCCGGGACUACGAUAUCCAGAGCAACAAUGUCGACGCCCUCCGGGAAGCGCUUCGUGACACAAUCAAAGAUAUCGAUAACUGGAGGACCAGAUAUCUCAAGAAGAAUAAUGAACAACUCGAGACGCGCAGAAACCUAAAAAAUUCAGAGAACCGCUACCGUGAAGCAUGCGAAAAGACCGAGACAAUGGAAGCGCAGAUGGAGAGCAUGGAAGACCGGAUGGCGAAACAGGAUGUGGCGCUUGACAUAGCCAACGACAAGAUUAGAGAGCUGGAAUCCAAUCUUGAUGACCAGAUCGCUGAAUUGUCCGAAUGGAAGGACAAAUACAAGCAACUCCAUGAACUUUACGAGGUAACGAAGCACUCGACAGAUGGAUCCGUCGUCUCCGCGGGAUCCGGGGAGCUUUCACAAGGCCUCGGGAGACGUCGCAGUCAGAGGGAGAAGAAAGAAAGCACGGACAUGACCUCUCGCAUGAAGCAGCGCAUCAACAGGGGCGACCAGGCCGACUCGGGAAGCUCACACGGAUCGAAAAGCUCGCGAAGUUCUGAGGCUACCGUGAAUUCGAAGCGUUCCAGCCAUCACGCCAGUACAUCCUCUAGUGACAAACUGCCUUAUAUUGAGAAAAUGCCGCGAUCUAACACCAGCGGUCUGGCGGCAAGCGGUCUGACGUCGCCGCGAGAACAUGGGAGCUACAAACUCACAACGGCAACAUCCAACACUUCAUCGUCACGAAAACACGGGGUCAGCUCCUCCUCUCGUUCUGGCUAUCGCGAAAACGGCGAUUACAUUGCGCAUCCUCUCCCCGACCGUAGCAGAUACUCUGGCUGAUUCCAAUGUUGGCUCGACUGACGUUAGUCGGUAUUACAAGCGAUCAUCCGAUAUUCUACAGUUAUUACGUUUCACGACAUAUGUAGCCACAUCAUCAAGCUCGAGGUUUCAAAACCUAUGCGGCUAAACAUUCGACCUCCAAUCU